GCUUCUCUGCUCCUGCGGGUCCUCGCUGAACUUCCCUCCAGGUCAUGAGGAGACACAUUUAGCACAAAAACGUCGGCGUUAUUUCAAUGAACACGCACUAAAUUAGUCAGCGGACAACUUUCGGACUCUAUGAUUCGACGGGAAACAGCAAAAAUAUUUCUUUGUCCGGUAAGUAAGACUGAACUUGUUCCUCGUGCCGACCUGCUAAGCGUAUCUGCGUCAGUUAGCAGUCUGACCCCGCAGAUGUUCACAAACCACAUCCUGAAGCAUGGAGGAUCCAAACAGACCACAAAGGAAAAUGUCAAGAGCAGGAGAGAGUUUGUACAAAGUGCUGGGUAUGGAGAAGGGAGCAUCUCCUGACGAAAUAAAAAAAGCCUACAGGAAAUUGGCACUGAGGCAUCACCCUGAUAAGAAUCCAGAUAACCCUGAAGCUGCUGAGAAAUUCAAGGAGAUCAACAAUGCUCACUCGAUCCUCAGUGAUCCAAAUAAGCGUGCUGUCUACGAUCAGUAUGGAUCCAUGGGUCUCUCUGUGGCCGAGCAGUUUGGGGAGGACGCAGUCAAAUAUUACUUCCUCAUGUCAAAGUGCUGGUUCAAGGCCCUUUUUGUGUGCUGCACUAUUUUCACCUGCUGCUGCUGUUUGUGCUGCUGCUGUUUCUGCUGUGGCAAAUGCAAAGGAGAAGAGGAGGAAAAUUUUGAAUAUAUGGACCCUGAGGACCUGGAGGCACAGAUCAAAGAACAGGAUGCAGCGGAACAUCCGGUAAUAGUUAUUCAGCCGAACUCUAGCGAUGCUGCUGUCCCUUCAGGGGAAAACGCACCGAUUGUGAUUCAACCUCAGGCAGCCAAUGGCGGCUCAGGGCUUGAAGAUCCCCAGACUGCACUGUCAGCUGAGAAUGAAAUGAACGAAUGAAUGUGUGUGUGUGUGUGUGUGUGUGUGGGGGGGGGUGUCAGUGGGCUAUUGAGUCAUGGCAGUCCUGAGAGCCUUAGGACUCCAUCAUAAAAUCAGUCCCAGCAGCAGCAGCUGCUGCACUGAUGGGUAUAAAUGCAGUUUCUGUAUUUGAGUGUUUGUCUCCCAAGUGCAGAAAAUGUAUUCAUCUCAGAGAUUUGUUUGUUUACAUGAGUCAAACGGCAAUUUGAUUGUGCCAUAGGAAUUUUUUAAACAUGGUUUAUCUUUGAUCCAGUCUCAUAUUUAUUCUUUUUAAAUGUUUAAUUUCUGAAUUUUGGGCAGAGAAAAAUGACGAAGCCAUGCAGAUCAAAGCCUCUGAGCUCGGGGUUUUUUCUUAAUGUGCACUUUAAACUCACGACUUCAUAUUGAAUAUCCUGAAGCUGCCAUGAUGAUCUGAGAGCAUUUUGGCCCAAGGUUCAGAAAUAUCCUAAUUUUUUUUAAAUAUACCGAUUCAGGGUUUUCUUUGGAAGCUUCUUUCCACCACUGAAAAAGAAAAAAAAAACAAGCCAUGCGUAAGUCAAAAUUUUGUUUUAGUAUCUCAAACUUUUAAAUUAAUAACUCAAAAUUUUUAGUUAUGUAUCUCAGAAUUUGGACUUACUGAGAACUUUGAGUCAGUAAGUCAAAAUUUAGACAUAAGAAAAUUUUGACUUUGCCUGGCAAAAUGUAUUUAUUUAUUUCUCAGUGGUGUUUUCACAUUGUUGGACGCCAAACGCUUAUUCAGUCGCACUGCACAUAGAAACAUACUGUACAAAUGAAAGGGUUUAUAGAUGCAGCCAACCCACACAGGGAUUUGUCACAGGUAAAUAAAGAUUUUGCUUUUAAAAUUUCAGCAUGUCAGCGUUGCCUUAGGUAGCACAUUUGGUUGCUAGCUUGUAAAUAACUCAGUAAAGUUUAAUAUUUUAAUGCCUACAGAUAUUUUAAGGACUUACUUGAUCACCUUCUCCUGAGAGUUUCAUAAAGAUUGUUGUUUUUGUGUUUGUGUUGUUCCACCUUGAGCUUAAUUGGGAUGGAUUGUAGACAUGGAUGACGGCUUAUGAGUCUUCACACAAAUGGAUGGCCCAGUCAUCUCUAUGCUUGCAGCUUGACUGCCAUAAUUGUAAAACAUCAAAUACAUCCAUAGAGUUGGUUUUAAUCGACACUGACAGGUUGAAUUGACUUCGGUGGUGCCCUAAAUUUGGUUCAUUUAACUGUGAGUGCACAUGAAAGCAGCAUUAGAUUAGGGAGCUGCAGCCAAGAAGCACUCCCUUUGCUCAGGCCAACACAUUUAUUAACUUGUCUGUGGGUUUUGCAGAUGUUUGUCCCACUUUGGACAAUUUAGGCUCAGCUGAAUAAGGUCUCAGUCACUCUGUGACCAUUUUGCAACCACUGGUCAUGUGGGAAAAAGGGUGUGUGACAACAAGCUUAGCAAUAAGAAGUGAAAGCAGAGGAAAACUGCAAGCCUGCCUCUCCCUAACUACGUUGAACAAAGGCCUACUGGACUAAUGGACCAUUUUUAAUUCUGUUUUAAGCUGCUGACAUGUUGAUUGAUGGAGUCAGGCUAGCUGUAUCCACUUGUUUCCAGUCUUUAUGUUUAAGUUUAUGGCUCCAGCUCCAUGCUGACUUAAGUACACACAGACACAGUGACAAUAAUCUGCUUUAACUCCUGGAAUUCAAGUAAGCUUGUGUUUUUAAAAGAGGUACAGUUGGUAUUUCUGUCAUUGCACAUAAAGCAAAAAAAUGCAGGGAGGUAAUUAUUUCGGUGUACAAUCAUUACAGAAGGUUGUAUAUACUUGUUUUUACACUCGACACUAAAAGCAUCAUUGCUUCAGAAAAUAAGAACACAGUUUUCUGGUUUAUUGCCAUUUUGAUUUUUGCCAUGAUUGUUGUGCAAAGGCAGAGUUAUAUUUAUUAUUAGAGGAUUUAUUUCAAAU